AUGGCAACGGAGUCUUCUUUCCCUGUUUGGCGCUCCCGCGUUGACUUGCGGGGAGAGCAAUUCAAACAAAAUAAGACUGCCUGGAUAUCUGUUAUCAACCGCUUUGAGCAAGCCUUGCAACUUGUUUCCGCUGAAGGAGAUCAGGUUUCUUUAAAGAGACACCAAUCUAGAGGACAGCUACUGCCAAGGGAUCGUGUUGCCCUUUUACUAGACCAGGACACACCAUUUCUCGAGCUAGGGGCCUUCGCUGGGUUUGGGAAUAGGGAUUCAACACCAUGCGCGAAUCUGAUUGCAGGGAUCGGUAAUGUUAGUACAUAUAUGUUUCUGACCUCACGUUUAGUCCUCAAAACGAACCGCAUGAUGGAAGUGGCAUUCGAGAACGAUCUGCCCCUAAUCUCACUCGUCCAAUCUGCUGGUGUCUUUCUCCCUCAGCAGUUCCGUGUCUUUCAUAAAGGAGGUCAGCUUUUCCGUGAUCUUGCAGUACGCACACAGCAUGGCAAACCUUCAUGCGCGAUUGUCUUUGGCUCAUCCACGGCGGGUGGCGCCUACCAUCCAGCGCUAUCAGACUACACCAUCUUUGUAGAGAACCAGGCUCAAGCUUUUCUCGGAGGGCCGCCGCUCGUAAAAAUGGCAACUGGAGAAGUUAUAGGCGCUGAAGCGCUCGGGGGCGCGAAUGUUCAUGCAACAAUCACGGGCCUGGCAGAUCAGGUUGCCAUCGAUGAAUUUGACGCUAUUAUGAAAGCAAGAGAAUGGGUUGCCUCACUCCAUGAACGAGCUCCCCGUAUUCAUGGUCUCAUUACCCCAGCUGCACCUAGAUAUUCUAUUGAGGACCUUCUAUCUAUCGUGAAUCCAGAUAUCCGGAAACCUCUCGACAUGUUUGAAGUCCUUUUGAGAAUCGUGGAUGACUCUAGACUAUCGGUGUUUAAGCCCAAGUAUGGGCCGAAUAUGAUCACUGCCUGGGCGCAUAUCUUGGGUUUCCCCAUUGGCAUCAUAGCUAACCAGAUAUCGGUCAUAAACCCAAAUGAGGCCUCUAAAACCACCCAGUUCAUUCGCCUGUGUAACCAGCAAAAUAUCCCUCUCAUUUUCUUUCACAAUGUCACUGGUUUUAUGGUAGGAGCUAAAGCUGAACACGCUGGAAUUAUCAAGAUGGGCGCCCAGCUCGUCUCAGCCGUCAGCUGCUCAAAGGUACCGCAUAUCUCCCUCAUUCUAGGAGCAUCCUACGGCGCAGGAAACUACGCCAUGUGUGGUCGGGCGUAUAGACCACGAUUUAUUUUCACAUGGCCCACUGGCCGGUGCAGUGUUAUGGGUCCUGACCAGCUUUCCGGUGUGAUGGAGACGAUCCAGGCAUCUAGUGCGAAGUCCAAGGGACAGGUCCUAUCUCCAGAAAAACUGAAGAAUCAGGUGGAAAGUUUCCGACAACAAGCACAAAAUGACAGUGAAUGCUACGCAACGAGCUCGAUGCUAAUUGACGAUGGGAUCAUUGAUCCACGAGACACGCGCGAUCUUGGGGCCCCCGCCCUAUUCCCUCGAAAGCUAUUCUCCGCACAAGGGGAUUUACUCUUUGUAGAGCAAAUUAAUAUCCAAGUAUCCGAAAUACCAAUUAGAGGCGUUACUCGAUCAUGGGGCCUCCGGUCCGAGCAGUGUCCAAUAAUUCCACCGUCCAGGCUCUUCGUCAGUAGCUCAGAGAUGACAAAGACUUCUUCGCAAAACGAAUGGCCCGUGCAUGCAGCGCCUUUAAGGAAACCACUAUAUGUGGCAGCGCCUCCACUACGAGAGGAUGGCCGUCCAAUUAUCCAGAGGGUAAUGAUUGCAAACCGCGGUGAGAUAGCUUGUCGUAUUAUUCAAACAUGUCGCAAAUUAAACAUCAGUUCUAUUGCUAUCUUUACUAACUGCAUGUUCAGAGACUCCUCCUCACUUCAUAUACGACAUGCAGAUGAAUCCAUCAAUAUCGGAAGCAUCAAUCAUAGCAAGCAUAAUCCUUUCUUAGACAUUGACCUCCUCAUUCGAACUGCUCUGUCAGUCCAGGCUGAUGCCAUCCACCCUGGCUACGGCUACCUCAGCGAGAAUGCAGAGUUCGCCCAGGCUGUGCGUCAGGCUGGCAUGAUAUUCAUUGGUCCAGGCCAUCAAGCUAUGUCAACAUUAGGCGAUAAAAGGGCAGCCAAAGACUACCUGCGCAAACACGCACCAGAUGUACCGCUCAUCCCGGGAUAUGCUGGCUCAAGUCAAGAUGCCAAAGAGCUGGGCAAAGUAGCGGCAGAAAUCGGAUUCCCAGUGAUGCUCAAAGCAUCUGCCGGUGGCGGUGGUAAAGGAAUGCGUAUUAUCCGAAAGCCUGAUGAAUUACAGGCUGAGUUAGAGCGGGCUCAAUCAGAGGCACAGCGCUCGUUUGGUUCCGCGGAUUGUAUUCUAGAAAAAUAUGUGGAGAGCAGCAAGCACGUCGAGAUUCAGAUUGUCGGAGACUCUCAUGGAGAGGUUAUUUCCUUCUUUGAACGAGAUUGUUCGGUCCAGAGACGUCAUCAAAAGGUCAUCGAAGAAACACCUUGUUCCUUUUUGAACCCGGAGACUCGACAAAUGAUGAGUGCGGCCGCUUUACGCAUCGCGAGGUUAAUUGGGUAUGAAAAUGCCGGUACCGUUGAGUUUGUUCUCGACAUUGCAACGGGCAAGUUCUACUUCCUUGAAGUCAAUGCCCGACUUCAAGUCGAGCAUCCCAUUACGGAGGAGGUGACAGGAGUUGAUUUGGUAUCCCUUCAACUGUUCGUGGCAGCGGGUGGUAGUUUACGCUCUCUUCCCGUUCUUCAGAAUAUCACCCAAUAUGGACACGCUAUCGAGUGCCGUCUCUGCGCUGAAGACCCCCGUCGUAACUUCUUCCCGGAGAAUGGCAAGAUCCACCUCUGGUUGCCAGCCCCGGGACCCUUAGGUCCAAGUCGGGAUGUCCGCUACGAGGCUGCCAUCAACACGGGGGCCUCAGUCUCAAUCUACUUCGACUCAAUGAUUGCUAAGAUAGUUGUUUGGGCGCCAACAAGGGCCCUGGCGAUUGAGAAGAUGGUUAAGGUGCUUGCACAUACCGUUUGUGUAGGUGUCAAAACCAACCAACUCCUGUUACAACACUCGCUCCUGCACCGUGCAUUCCGUAAUCCGGCGUACACCACUUCCUUUCUGCCGGGAAAUCUCGAUGAACUUCUACGGGAGCCUCUUUGCUUGAGUAAUCCCGAACUACGCCAUUCUUUCUCUAUUAUUCCAGCAACUGUGCUGCGCAAUCUUGCAACUUCUGCCCCUUCGCAGUCACGACCUUUCCAACACAUUCGCAGGCAGUUUCGAAAUCAGCGUUAUGACCUUGUCAACCUCCAGUACGACAUAAUCACCUUGUUGGACUGGCCGUAUAAUGUACCACAAGAUUCAGACACAGCAAGACCCCUUAUCUGUGUAUGGAAGCCACAGUCCCUGGCGUCGCAAUCUCUUAGCGAGGCGUAUCUUCUCGCGAUGCCCGACAGUGAGGAUUUCAAGGGAAGUAUAGAGUCGGUAACCGGAAGUAUGAGUGCAUGCUAUAACCAAAUCAGCCAAGCGUUUCGAGAGAGGCAAAUGAUCCUAUCAGGCACUCGGUACACAGUCAGUGUCGAUUCCUGGCAACCAGUAGAAGCAAACACGACGGGUCCCGAGUCAUGCAUUCGCACUACGUUGGAAAUCUCAAUCAACGGUUCCAAAAUACUAGCACAUGUUGUGGUUAAUUGCGCUAAGGAAGAAGCUCUGGCGGGUUGUCUUAACAGGGAACAAAGCGUCUUCUGUCACUUGCCAGUAAUUGGGACGUACCUUGAGUUUCGACGAGAUACGGCGUUGACCUUCAUAGAAAGCAAGCGAGCGAGAGAAAAACCGGAAAAUGGUGAGACCAAAACCGUUACAGCCCCCAUGCCUUGCAAGGUGCUAUCUGUUCUCAAGAAAAAUGGGGAUGAGGUCAAAUCAGGAGACAGCGUCAUGGUCAUUGAGAGCAUGAAGAUGGAAGUGACUAUCACCGUCUCAGCAGACGGCAAGUUCCAAACGAGCUGGAAACAAGGCGAUGCGGUUGGGGAGGGAAAGAUUCUUUGCAACGUCAUCUAGAUUUUUCACAAGAUUAUAGCUUUGGUCAAAGUACCAUUUUAUGGUGGGAAGCUAGAAUUAGGUAUUGAAUAUGAGUAUCCAAGGGCAGCCCAUAUGCAGCGUGUCUCGUACUUAGGAUAUUUGGAAUUCAUUCAAGUUUGUACCCGUUAAGAACGCACAAAAAUAUUUUAGAUGC